AUGUUUUCACUUUUCUCACCUGACAAGAAUGAUUCUGGAAGACCUGUGGUCGCAGGGAGCAGACACGUAUUUAAUGUUUCAUGGCUAGUUGGAGGCCACCCUGUUCUUGAUCCAGCUGUGUACAUAGCAGAAGCGAAAAGGAUCGUUGGAACUUUAUUCGAUCUGCUCAAAACAGCUAGUAGUCUUCCAGGAUGUCUGACAGUUACCAUUGUCAAUUGUCUUGCAGCUAUUGCUAGAAAGAGGCCACAGUACUUCAGCACAAUCUUCUCAGUAUUGCUCGACUUUAAUCUCAACUUUCAGACGGCGAAGGGUUUUCAUGCUCCCAGCGUUCAAUAUUCUUUUAGAACUGCUUUUUUGGGAUUUCUUAGGUGUACAUAUCCUCCAAUUGUAGAGUCAAGGGAGAGAUUACUUAGGGCUCUACGAGCAAUGAAUGCUGGAGAUGCUGCUGAACAAGCCAUUAGACAAGUUGAUAAGCUCCUAAGAAGUGCUGAGCGAGCUUCUCGUGAUUUCCGUAUAACUAAGGAUGAUCACCUAACCAUCCAGACGCCCUUUCCUGGGGAUAUAAUGAAGAAAAGGUCUCUCCAUCAGGAGGAAGACGAUUUUUCCUAUAAUAAUCAUGAAAUGCAUUCUAAGCGAACUCGCUAUGGUUUCAAUGCCAAUCCUGUUUUGCCUGUUCAAACCACUGAUUUAAUGAAUGGUUCUCUCUCUGCGAAUGAGGACUCCCCUAAUGUUCCAGCAUUUGAUGGUGACGAGUUGACGCCGGCUGAACAAAUGAUUGCUAUGAUUGGUGCUUUGCUGGCUGAAGGGGAAAGAGGUGCUGAGUCACUUGAAAUUCUCAUUACAAAAAUGCAUCCUGAUAUGUUGGCAGAUAUUGUAAUAACGAAUAUGAAGCACCUGCCCAAAGUCUCUCCACCAUUAACAAGGCUUGGGACCUCGCAAGCAACCCCACAGGUUGGAUCUCUAAGUCUUCCAUCCCAAAUUUCUGCACUGCAUGGAAUUCAAGUUUCCACUGGACAAGUGCCGCAUCCUUAUGCACCUGCAACAAGUUCUCUGUAUUCUGAUGCAACUACUGCUGUUAGUAAUUCACCAGCAGAGUCUAGGCGUGAUCCACGGAGGGAUCCACGUCGCCAUGAUCCACGACUAGCAUUGCCAGCUGAACUUCCUUCUACACCAAAUAUGGAUGAGUCUGUUGCUACAAAAUCAGACUGGGAGAGUUCUAGUGUGAGUAAGCCUCCUCCAUCAGCUGUUGCAAUCAGUGGUAAAACUCCUAUAAUGCCGUCCAUCCCAAAAAUCAAGACUGAUGAAGACACGUUUGAAUAUGCUUCAAAUUCCGAAACUAUCAAGCAAACUCCUGAAGUCGAGGUUCCUGAUGAUGCUAAGGAUAAAGCCCAAACUAUUGAGGUCAAAUUUUCAUCAGAUUCUCCCUUUUCUCCAAGACAAAUGGAUGAAAAUGAUUCAGUUGCAGCUAAGGCAGAGGUUAUGGAGCCGCAUGAGUCUGAGAUGACAGAUAUUGAAGAAAUGGAGCAACAUUCUCCAGCUGAAAGCCCUUCUGUGUUGGAAGAUACGGUACAGGAACUACCUACUGUUCCUCCAUAUGUUGAACUUAUCAGAGAACAGGAAAUUAAUGUGCAAAAGUUGUCAGUAAGGCGGAUAAUAGAAUCGUACAAGCACCUUACUGGAAAAGAAUGUGAAGACAUGAGGAUAUCAUUAAUUGCUCGGUUGGUUGCUCAGGUAUCUCUAACAUUUUAUAGGAAUUUCAGUUUCUUGAGGCUGAACUACUCUGUAGGUGGUUAUUGCAACUUCCUAUAAUGAGUUUGUUGUUGUGAAAGUCUUUUGAGUGGAUUGAUUUAUGUCCUUGGAGUAUUUUGCUAAACUUACAUGCAUGUUUUUAAGUGAUGCUUUGAUUAUGUUAACACACUGAUUAGAAAGAUUUUAUAUCAGUAAGAAUAAUUAAGAAAAUUUGGUAAUAAUAAAUUCAGUUGCUUUAAAUAAGCUGAUAGUUUGUUGUGCAUAUUCCCUUUACAAAAGUUGUGGCUGCUUUCUUUUCUUCCUUGUACUUUUCUCAUUACUUAUGGGACUUGUUAUCUUCUUCUGCUUGGAAUAUGGAAAACCAAACUUUUAUUUGUUCAAGCAGAUUGGUAUUAACGUGCUUCUCUGUAUUCCUUUAGUCCCGUUUAUUCUGGCUUUAGAUAUUUCUUUAGGUAUUCCAAAUUAUAUUGCGGUAGCUGCAUAGGUUUUCGUGAA